CCGAACUCGCAUAAUUUUUUCAAAUCGACGCAAACCUCGUUAACCGACGGUUGACCAUAGUCUCAGAGUCUGUCUUUGUAUCUGUCUGUCAAUUCUCCUGUAAAAGGUUGAAAACUGGAGGAGCAAGUAAAACCAACUGGUCUCGGAUUCGAGAAAACAGAAGGUUGAAAAAUAAAUGGCGUUAGCUUCGUGUGGUAAGGUUUUAUUAGCUGCUAAAAAGAGUUUAAUCAGCCGCCAAUCUCAGUGUUUGAUCGGUUACUGCACCAAUUCAUCAUCGAUUACUACCACUUCUCUGAUUCAAAAAUUGAUUCACCAACCAAUUUCGCGAAUCAAAGCGACACUCGAUUCAGAGGACAACAACAAUUUGACCUUCAAGAGCUCUGAAUUUCCCUGGGAUGCCCUCGUCACCGCGCUCAAGUCGUCUUCUCCACAGAAAGCUCAGCUGGUUGUGGAAUGGAGAUUGGAGAAAUUUAGGAAAGAAAAUGAAGGAAAUCAUGAUUGCUACUCUGAGCUGAUAUCUAUAUGUGGAAAGAUGCAAAAUGUUCCACUUGCAUUGCGCGUGUUUACUUCCAUGGAGGCCCAAGGGCUCACGCCAACCUCAUCUGUUUUUAAUGCCCUUAUAUCUGCUUGCUUGUCUUCAGGUAACUUAAUUACAGCUUUAAGCUUAUUUGAGAUCAUGGAGAGCUCAGAGAACUAUAAACCUAAUUCUGACACUUACAAUGCUUUCAUUUUGGCAUAUGCAAAUUUGGGAAAUGAUAAAUCCAUGCUAGCUUGGUACUCAGCCAAAAUGGCUGCCGGGUUUUCAGCUGAUCUUCAAACAUACGAGUUUCUUAUAUCCAGUUGCAUUAAAUUGAAACAUUAUGCUGAUGCUGAUAAAUUCUAUGAAGAAAUGAUGUCGGCAGGAAUCAUACCUAAUGUAUCCAUCUUGAAAAGUAUGCUUGUGGGGCUUUGUGAGCGGAGAAAUUUGGGUGACGUUAAAGAGAUGUUGAAGGUUAUAGUGGAUUGUGGUUGGGAGAUUGAUUUAGCAAUGGUCGAGAAGCUUGUGAAGUUGUACUAUGAAGUAGGGACGGUGGAAGAGAUGGAGGAUCUACUACUAACUUUAACAAAUUCCAAUAAGGUUCGGGAAGUCCUGUCAAGAGUCCACAGUGCAAUUAUAAGGAUGUAUGCUGUGUCAGAUAGAUUGGAUGCUGUAGAAUACGCUGUUGGGAGGAUGUUGAAACAAGGGAUGUUAUUCAGAUGCCCGGAUGAUGUUGAGAAGGUAAUUUGUUCAUACUUCAGACGCAAAGCUCAUGAUCGGCUAGACCUGUUUUUGGAAUGUAUAAAAGUCUCCCACAAACUCACAAGAUCGACUUAUGAUUUGUUGGUUGCUGGCUAUCGAAGAGCAGGCUUAUCUGAGAAAUUGGAUUGGGUGAUGAUCGAUAUGAAGCUGGCUGGAUUCUUGUAGUUUCUUCAAUCAUGGUUCAAGCAGAUAACUAUGUUCUUAUAUGAGUUUUCUUUCAUGUAAUCACUGUUUUUGAAGCCCUUUAUUGGGCCGCCACUGAGCUCUGAGACAGUUUGGGCAAAAGGCUAUUGAAGGAAUAUGGUAAGUGAUCUAAGGUUGAAGGUUGCUGCUGCUAUUUACCCAACAUGGACACCCUUGAGAACAAUAGCCCGAGUCAUUUUCUAAAUGGAAAGUGAAUAAGUGAAGAUUUUCUCUUUGAGGAACUUCUUUGGGCAUGAAAUUUCAUAGUCUUUCACACUUCUGGGAUGGCUGGGGCUUAAGGAGGAUCGUGGGACAUAUGCUUGUCGCCGAAACAAAUUUAUUGCUUUCUUCAGCUUUCAGGAUUUAAACCCCUGUCGAGUGUCGGAAAGUUAAACUUAACAAUCAAGGCCAUCAAAUUUCUUCGAUAGCAUCCUUAAGUGGUGGCCCGAUUGACUUAUAUAUGCAUGUCGGUGUUAGCUCUUUGAUAGACUACAUGCAGUUUUCUGUUGAAUUGAAUGUACCUUGUGAGGUGGAUAAGACGGGUGGCCUAUUCCAAUAGCUGGCAGAUGGGCUAUUAUGCCUAUUCAACAUAUUUCGAUUGUGAUACAAUUUCAUUGUCUGCUCCUAUUCAUGGUCGUGCGUACUUGUAUGCUGGAACUUCCAAGGUCAAUGAAAAAGGACUCCUACCCUAGGUGUGAAACUCAGUCUGCUUGCGAUAUGGGUACUGGUUUUACAUGCCAUUUUGCCAUCACAAGGAAAAGCUAACAGCAACUGGUCUUAUCAAGAAGAUAUGCACUUUUUCAUUGGCACAUAAGGCUACUCAGUUUGGAAAGUUAUGGAGCACUGUGUAAUCUGUUAGAUCCAGUUCUUUGUUUCGGUUGCGGUGUCAAGUCUGUAACUUCUCUCAUUUCUGUAUUACUCUUAAUACAUUUCAUGUGAAGGUAUUUGUGCUCUGCUUCUCAACAGUUGUACCGAACUUUGUUCGCUUAACAGGACCUGUUUCUGUUGUUUGCCAAGGUAGGGGGAUGACCGGUAUCCGGUAUCUAUUUGAUGGAAAAUCUUGAAAACAUCACACAGACUGACUGCUGCUCUUGCCAUUUUUCUUGACAAUUGUAUACUUUCUCCAUCACUCGGUAAAUUGCUUGG